CUAUGUUUACAUUCAUUGGAGUACCGAUGCUAGACAGUAGAAUAUUAUUAUAGAUCUAGAUCUAUAGAUUCAUAUUUUCCUAGAAUAGAGUUCGUUCUAGGAAUCUAAACGCUAUGUCUUCUUCAGAUGAAAGCGAAGAUGAUGAAAUGUCGAAAAAAAUCAGUGCAGCAAUCUGCGAUGAAAGCAUAAUACAAAAUCUAGCUACAGCUCAGACUGCCGCCGCCGCAGCGGGUACACAAACGUCACAACAAAGCCAAAGCAGAUCUGUUGGAAGUGUAGAUCAUUCUGAUUUAGCUUCUAGUAGAGAAUCUUGUGCUACAAAGAAAUCUCAACUGCCAAAUAAAGUACACACAAGAAGUAUCAGGCAUCAAGAUAAUAAUGCAGACCAAGGCUGUGAAAAUGUUUUGAACACAACACCUGGCUUUCGUGCUCAUGUCUCAAAACAGCUGUCAAUUAUGCUUGAUAAAAAAUUGAAAGAUUUGUUAUCAGAGAAUAUUUGGAAAUGUAGCAAACAGAGUAAAACUAUUCCUAAAGGUAUUCAACUUUUUUCAAACUCCACAAUGCGAUGCUGCUCCCCUGAAAGUGCAGACAUUGUGAAGUCGGAUUUGGAUACAAGUAAGGCUGAGAAACGUAAAAAACAUCCAAUAAGUUCCAGCUCUGACAGUUCAAGCUCAGAGGAUGAUAAAAUCAAGGCUUGUGUAUUCUCACAAGAAGAUAUCCUAAAAGAAAAUGAACGUUUAUCUAAGUUGCAGAAGUCAACAAAAAAAACAGAAAUAACCCCAGAUGAAUCAGAAGACAAGACAAAUGCAGAGUCUAUUCCAAUGGACAUUGAAAUUCACAAAAAGUGUAAAAAGGCUAAAAAGAAGAGAAAAAAGGACAAACACAUUGAUAUUAGUCAUUAAAUUAUUAAAAAUUGUUUUUAUCAAUGCACAA